AUGGAAUUUACAGAGCAUGAAGAGAAAGUUUCCCAGUUUUACUCUCGCGUUGUGGAUAACAGUCAUGAUUGGAAUGAGGGAUUUCUUACAUUUGGAUUGUGGAAGACCAAGUCUGGUGAUCCUAUACCACGGCCCGAUUGCUACAGAGGAAUAUAUGAUGAGCUACUGGAAGGUAGCGGGAUACAGCCACACCAUGACGUACUAGAUGUCGCUUGUGGGCAGGGAUCAGGCAUGUUGCGAAUCAAGUCCCAGUACAGCUGCAAGUNNNGCUGCAACAUCCAAGGUCUGGACAUCAGUGUUGCAAAUGUGGAAAUAGCAAAGCGGCGACUGCGUGACACUGGAAUCACUGUCACGCGAGGGAGCGGGACGAAGAUGCCGUAUGGUGAAAACUCCUUUGACUACGUCAUUUGCGUAGAAGGAGGGCCCAACAUGAAUAGCAGAGAAGAUUUCAUUCGAGAGGCCUUCCGAGUUCUUAAGCCAGGAGGAAACCUGUUGAUGGCUGACAUUGUAGCUUUGAAGGCACUUCAAGAUUUAACAUACCUAAAGCAAAUCGUCUUAAAAGCAGCUGUAAAGGCUUGGAUGGUUCCAUACAGUAAUGUAUGCUAUGGAAUCGAUGAAUACAAACAGAAGAUAAAGGACAUUGGCUUAAAAAUGAGAAAAUUUGAAUUUGUAGGCGAUAGAGUGAUACCGGGUUAUUGCAAUUUCAAUCUUACACUGUCGGUUAUGCGAGAGCAAGCGAAAAUCAGGGGUCCGUUGGUCGGUUACAUAGGAGGCCCGAUUAUUGAUAUUGCCCUUGAAAAGGCCUAUUCUACUGAAUGUAUCGAAUACGUUAUGGUAGUCGCUGAGAAAGAAAUUAACGAAUAA